GUUGUAGGAAUUUAAAGGUCUGUGCGGCACUUCGAGAGCAGCACAAUCUUUGCGCGGAGACGAGGAUAAACACAACAAAUCUUAAUUUCAUCUGCUGCUGAGCCUCCCUGUCUGCUGAAAAUGUCUGAGAACAGCGACCGUCUGAGCAGCUUCAAGAACAAAGGCAGAGAUGCCAAUGAGCUUCGCCGCAGGAGGGUGGAGGUGAACGUCGAGCUCCGCAAGGCGAAGAAAGAUGAUCAAAUGUUCAAGAGAAGGAAUGUGGCAGCAUUUCCUGACGAGGCCACUUCCCCUCUUCAGGAGAGGACCCAAAACUGUCAGCAGGCCUCCAGACAGUGGACGGUUGAAGAGAUUCUAGCAGGAGUCAACAGCGGUAAUGUCGAGUCCCAGCUCCAAGCUACACAGGCGGCACGGAAGCUCCUGUCUCGUGACAAGAAUCCUCCCAUCAACCAGAUGAUCAGCGCUGGUCUGAUCCCCAAGUUUGUCGCCUUCCUGGGGAUGGUCGACUCCCCUCCAAUCCAGUUUGAGGCUUCCUGGGCUCUGACCAACAUCGCCUCUGGGACGUCUGAUCAGACAGCUGCAGUUGUGGACGGCGGGGCCAUUCCUGCCUUCAUUAACCUGGUUACAUCCCCCCACCAGCACAUCAGUGAGCAGGCUGUCUGGGCCCUCGGAAACAUUGCUGGUGACGGAUCAUCUCUGAGAGACCGGGUCAUCAAGCAUGGAGCUGUGACUAAUCUGCUCACCCUGCUGGCAGUCCCUGACCUGUCUGUAUUUAGUGAGGGCUACCUGAGAAAUGUCACAUGGACGCUGUCUAACCUCUGCCGCAACAAGAACCCCUCCCCUCCUAUGACCGCGGUCCAGCAGAUUUUACCCGCUCUGAUUCGUCUGCUUCACGUUGAUGACAAGGAGGUGUUGGCUGAUGCGUGUUGGGCUGUGUCAUACCUGACAGAUGGCUCUAAUGACCGCAUUGAGGUGAUAGUGCAGACCGGCCUAAUACCUCGCCUGGUGAAUCUGCUCGGCUUUGAGGAGCUGUCUGUGGUCACCCCUGCGCUGCGUGCCAUCGGCAACAUUGUGACAGGCACAGAUGAGCAGACUCAGGCUGUACUGGAUGGCGGUGCCCUGGCCAUGUUCCCCCAGCUGCUGCGCCACAAAAAGGCCAACAUUCAGAAGGAGGCAGCCUGGACUCUGUCCAACAUCACAGCAGGGAAGGAUACCCAGAUCCAGGAGGUCAUCAACACAGGCCUCGUUCCAUACCUCGUCGAUAUGCUUGUGCGGGGUGAUUACAAAACUCAGAAGGAGGCUGUUUGGGCUGUUACCAACUUCACCAGCGGGGGCACUGUUCAGCAGGUGGUUUACCUGGUUCAAGCCAACGUGCUGGAGCCUCUUCUGGAUCUCCUCUCCUCUAAGGACAGCAAAACUGUCCUCGUCAUCCUGGACGCCAUCACCAACAUCUUCAUGGCCGGGGAUAAAAUCGGGGAGUCAGACAAGCUGAGUCUAAUGGUUGAAGAAUGCGGCGGACUGGACAAGAUUGAGGCUCUGCAGUCUCAUGAGAACGAGAUGAUCUACAAAGCAUCCCUCAACCUGAUUGAGAAAUACUUCUCUGAUGAGGAGGAGGUGGUGCAGUGUGUGGCCCCCGAGGCGACCACCAACAGUUACGCCUUCCAAGUCGGAGAAGGCCAGAGCACUUUCAAUUUCUAAAUGACUGUCUAAUACCUCUCCUCAUCUUUACUGUACCCUCACUGCUACUGUCUGUCCUUUGUUCAUGUGAUCGUAGAGUUCUGUGGUUUUUGUAUGUACUGUACAUACUGUUUUAAUAUGACAAAACAUGGUUGUAAAUAAAGUUGUCAGAUCAUG